AUGAGAUUCCCACACAUCCUUUCCUUAGCAGCAACCGUCGCUGCAGCGACACUCCCACUCACAGAUAUAACAAUCUUCACACCACCAUCAGACUACACCAUUCCUCGAACCCUCUACCCCCGCAAUGCCGAACUCCCAAACGGCGAUCUACUCACAACAUGGGAAAACUACUCCCCAGAACCACCUCAAGUCUACUUCCCCAUCUACCGCUCCCAAGACCACGGCAAGACCUGGGAGGAGAUCUCCCGCGUUCAAGACACAGCUAAUGGAUACGGACUGCGCUACCAGCCGUUCCUCUACUACUUGCCCGAGAGCAUUGGCUCAUUCGAGGAAGGGACUCUGCUGUUAGCGGGUAGUAGUAUCCCGACUGAUCUGUCUUCAACGAAUAUCGACCUAUAUGCUUCGCAGGAUGAUGGGCUGAGUUGGGAAUUCGUUAGCCAUAUUGCUGCGGGUGGAGAGGCGCAGCCGGUUAAUGGGUUGACGCCUGUGUGGGAGCCAUUUUUGCUUGCAUAUGAGGGCAAGCUGAUCUGCUAUUACUCCGAUCAAAGAGAUAAUGCCACAUACGGACAGACAAUGGUGCACCAAGUCUCGACCGAUCUGAAGAAUUGGGGACCGGUUGUAGAAGAUGUCACUUACCCGACAUACACUGAUCGACCCGGGAUGCCAGUUAUCGCCGAGCUCCCUAACGGGAAAUUCUUCUACAUCUACGAAUACGGCUCUUUCUUCGGCACAUCAGACUACUCCUUCCCGCUGUACUACCGUAUAUCCUCCGAUCCCGAGGAUAUCGCCUCGGCACCCGGCCAGCGCCUGGUAGUCUCCAGUGGCACGCAGCCUACAUCCUCGCCGUACGCUGUGUGGACACCAUAUGGCGGUGAUAAUGGCACUAUCAUCGUCAGUUCUGGGACACAGAGCACUUUAUUCAUCAAUAAGGCUCUUGGAGACGGGGAGUGGACGGAGAUCGCUUGUCCUGAGGAACAUGGCUAUACACGGUCUUUGCGCGUGCUGUCAGAGGAUGGAGGGAGGUAUCUCCUAGUGCAUUCUGCUGGUGUGCUGUCUGGGACGAGUAAUCGGGUCUCCGUGAGCGUGAUGGAUUUGAGUGAGGUACUGUGA